GUCGGCCAGUUCAUACCCAUUCGUGUUCCUGAACUCCCCGAUCAUCGUAAAACAGCAGCGAGUGGGGACAAUGGGCGGCUGCUGCUCUCCCAAGUGUCGCCUCGUCAGCGGCUUGGUCGUCUCGGCGCUCGUGCUGGUGCUGGGAGGAGUCCUCAUCCCCAUCGGAGACCACAUCAUCAGCUCCACGGUCACGGAGGAGGCCGUGCUCAUCAAUGGUACCGUGGCAUUUGAUGCAUGGGUCCAGUCCCCCAGCGAUGUCUACCGCCAGUUCUGGUUCUUCAACGUGACCAACUCAGAAGAGUUCUCGCUGCAAAGUAAUUCCAGCGUGAAGCCCAAACUCAAGCAGCUAGGGCCCUACACGUACAAAGUGCGUCAUUUAGCCAAGGACAACCUGGAGUACCAUCCGAACGACAGCGUGUCGUACGUGCUACCGCAACAAGCCAUCUUCCUGCGGGACAUGUCUGUGGGACCCGAGGAAGACUUGAUCACGUCCAUUAACAUGGUGGCUUCUGCGUUGCCUGUCAUCAUGGGUCUUCCCCAAAUUUUAAAUGGUAUCUACAAGAUAACCAACACCAGCAUCUUCCAUACACGCACAGUUCGAGAGCUUCUCUGGGGAUACAAGGAUCCCAUCCUAGAAUCGGUGCCCAUCCCCGGCAUCGAAAGUACCUUUGGACUCUUUUAUCCGUACAAUGGUUCAAACGAUGGAAUUUACACCAUUUUCACUGGGCAAGGAGACAUCAGCAGAGUUGCCAUCAUCCAUGAAUGGAAGAAUAACAAGUACAUGAACUUUUGGCCGGAAGAAUCAUGUGACAGAAUAAAAGGGACAGAUGGAUCCAGCUUUCCGCCUUUUUUGAAUAAGAAAAAUCAACUGGAAUUUUUUUCAUCUGAUGUCUGCAGGAAUCUGGUCGCGGAAUUUCACCAAACGCGAAAACUGAAGGGCAUCGACGUGUACCGCUUCCUGCUCCCCACGUCGCUGCUCUCGGCGUCGAAUAAGAACACCGCCAACCGCUGCUACUGCACCAAGUACCUCAACCAGACGGGCUGCACGCGUGACGGGGUGCUGGACAUCAGCAGCUGCAAAGGCGGUGCUCCGGUGUUCAUCUCUCUGCCUCAUUUCCUGGACGGCAGCAGGGAAUAUAUCGAUGAUGUGGAAGGUCUGGAACCAAAUCGGGAAGAGCACGAAACCUACCUGGACGUGGAGCCGACGACGGGCAUUACCAUGAGCGUGACCAAGCGUAUACAAAUCAACAUUCUUCUGCAGCGAGUCGAAAAAAUUGACAUUUUCAAAAACGUUCCGCAAGAUUACAUCUUCCCAAUAAUCUGGCUAAAUGAGACAGGGACGUUGGGCGAUGACUCUGCCAAGGCCUUCCGUGAAGCCCUCACCAUUCCCAUGCAUGCGCUCUACUCUGUGCAGAUCACUCUCAUGACCCUGGGCAGCAUCGGCAUCGUCGUUACGCCGAUCGUCUACUUCUCUGUCAAGUCGUGUAAACGUUAGCCGAGCAAUACCUGGAGCGAGUGGCAAUAGCGCGGUGAUCACCAUGGGAGACAGUGACUUGGGAAAGAGCCGUGGUGGUGGUGGUGGUGGUAUGUUAUCAGUGCAUAAAGGGGACAACUUUAACAUUUUUAAGCGAUGAUUUCCAAUGCUUAAUGUCAUUUUAACACGUAGACUUUCGCGACCAAUAUCACGUUUCGUAAUUGUUUUUUUGGGCUCAGAUUGCUCGAACGAAAAGGUGCGCGUCCUAAACCCUGCUCCCACCCAACGCGGCUAAAAGUAAUAAAUGUGUCACGUUCAAAAUAAAAACCCCACAAAGGACGUGCCAAUCCCAGGAGUGAAGGCCGCCACUGAAGAUUGUGAGACAGCUCCCCGACAUCGCGAACGGUGGGCGCUGCUCGAGCACUACGCUACACUCGCUCGGUUGACGGUGACAUCGGGGGGGUCACGGGGGUUUUUUCGGGUCACGUUUCGCCUCCCAUAGGGACUCCCGCGUGGUUUCGACUAACGUUGACAUUUUGAUCAACGGUAUGUUUAGGGGCCAUCCAUAAAUGACGUCACGCACCUAGGGGGGGUCAGACAUUUGUGACGAUGUGUGACGAGGGGGAGGGGGGGGGGUUGAGAAAUGUGACGUCACAUCAAAAUGCGUAACUUUAAAUAAAUAUAGACAGCACGUUCUACUUAAUUAAAUAGACUUUUUUAAUAAAUGCUUUUUCCUACAACAUCAGAGUGCAGCACCACAUUAAAAACGCACUACGAUGACAAUAGAUUAAAGCGAUUUGAAGCAUGUUUUAUUUUUUUUGGGGGGUGGGGCAGAGCUUUGUGACGUCAUAUUUGAGGGGGGGUCUGAUUUUUUGUGACGCCGUGUGACGAGGGGAAGGCCAAAAAUCGUCCAAAAUCGCGUGACGUCAUUUAUGGACGGCCCCUUACGUCUUUGCACGCGUGGUGCCAAUUUCGGUCAAUCCGAGCUGAGCCAUGCCCACAGCGAAUCAAGUAAUUCCUCCAUGUGACUCGCAGUUAUUUCGGUGACGAGUCGUUUUUGUGGAACGGAUUUUAAAACGUUAACCGAGGGACUACUCUAAUAAAUAGGCACGUUUGUCUGCGUGACAACUUUAUUCAUUCGCUGUGUCGGCUGGAGGAAGGUUUAGGGCACAACGAUGUUGACGCCAUCUGACCUAAACGUGAAUUGUGAAUCGCUCUCACGUCACGUCCAACUUUCUCGCUGUGAGGAUCUGGAGAGACUGAGCAAAUGAUCAGAUAUGUUCGGGGGGUGGGGGGAGGAAUGGGAGAGACGCAUAAUGUGGCAGUUGAAGUUUCUAGGUGGCUGUUUUAUAUCGUAGACCAUAUUUGAGAUUUUUGUUCAUUCAUGUAAAUAAUCAUAUUUUAUAUACUGCGUGUUUCCUUCAUUCUCGAGAUACGAAUAUAAUUUGCGCCCCUCUGAAUUGCGUGUUUCGGUUCACCACCUGCCAAUGACCGAUACGCCAUUGUCUUUGGGGACAGCUCGUGUGUGGCACGUGUCUGGCCUUCCUGUUUUCCACUGGCCACAUGUGAGCCGUGCUGGGGCCAUGCCGUGCCACACCAUCGUGGGUCAGGAGGUACGGGUUGUUCUUUUUCCACUGCAGUAGCCGAGCCAUGCCGCAGAUGUCGAAUGCAACGAACGUGUCGAAGGCACGUUUAGAUGACGUGGAGACACGGCAUUUGAAUGGACUAACCCACGCGAAUACCCACACUUUCAAGCACUGAUAUCCACACGCUCUUACACAGUGCACCCACAGACACACUCGUACACACGUGAACACACUCGAACGCACGCACAGCUGCGUGAUACAAUCGCACCGUUCUUCAGCACCCCCAAGACUCGCUGGGACAAAAUGUAAUUGAUCUUAACUUCGGUGUGCCGACAUCACGCCUGCAGAAGAUCAAAUGCAUCUUCUCGAGGCGUGGUGGCAUCAGACGCAUCGCGCACAUCAUUAGCACCCUCCCUUGCUCCCCUCCCCCACACUCCAGUGUAGCAGCAUCUUUUGGCUCGGGCACGGUACGGGUAUUCGCCAGUAGAAAACCGUCACGCACUGGGCUCGGCUCGCGUUGUCUUGUGACUGUCGUCCCACAAUGGGUGGUGCUUGACACUCACUCCGGACUGCUCUCUCCCAAGAGCGGAUUGGCCCUAUCGCCCGCACUGCUUUAAGGUUUAAUGGCCUUACUAUACUGAACGCAAUACACUGCCAAAGUAUACAAAACACAUAUAUAUAAGAAAUGAAUGUACACAUUGAUUAAUGUAUUGUUGUUGAACAAAAAAGGCGAGCCCCGUUCCGAGUUUCUGGCGAUGAUGUUACCUGCACCGCUCGGGUGAUUGAACCAGACAUGGCGUUUUCUGGUGAGUAAUUAAUUAGUCUUUCAGGAAUGCCUUCACCAACCUGCAUGCUGGCAAAACCUUCUGGUACUGUACUCCAAAGCUUGCAUUGACUCUGUAAGCGUACCGUCCGUUUGUCAAUCCACUGCUGGAUGAGGGCCUCCGCCACACCUUGCAGGCCAUGAGGGAUAUUUGACCAUACUUCACCACUCUGGUCAGUUUGGGUUGGGGAAGAUGUGUGUGGGGGGAGGUGUGCAGAGCAGUGGAUUUUGCUAAGAUCGUCCAUCCAGGUGCUAUCCAGACUCAAGCCUGCUCAGCUUCCGAGAUGUGACGCGACGCCGUGCAUUCUGGGUGAUUUUCUCAUGCACAUUGUUUGAGAUAUACAACCCUUAUAUGUUCGGAAAAAAAAAUGCUCGCCAACCCGCGUAUAUUCCUAGCUUGUGCUUGUGGGGACAGAAUAAAUGUCAUGCAUAACUAUAUAACUGUAUAUCAUCCUUGUGGGUAUGAAUUGUAUUGUUAUACUGAUUUAAAAUUAUUCCGAUGUGAUUGAUUUGUAAACAAA